AAUGAUGUGCUCGACCCAGAGAAGCUGCAUUCAUCGCUGGCGAAGUUGUUGGAGAUUGGUGACUGGAGGAAGUUUGGCGGUCGACUGAGACUAAAUGAAGAUGACAGACUCGAGAUUCACGUUCCCCAGGAGUUUACUCCUGAAAGGCCAUCUGUGAGAUAUACCCACGAGGCGUUUGACAUGAGUAUCGGCAGCCACCCUCUAGGCAAAAGGAUGCCAAAGGUCACUGAGAAGCCAUCAAUUCAACAUGGAGCCCAAGAGUUUAAAGAGUUUGCUGUGACGAAGGACGAUCCCGUGAAUGGAUCUGACCUUUUCAAGGGCGACAAACCUCAGAUGUCACUUCGGAUCGUGUCCUUCUCAGACGCAACCCCGGUUUCGCUUGUGUGGCCGCACUCUGCCAUGGAUGCUGUGGGGCUUCAAGCCAUGCUGAAGAACUGGUCUCUUGUGAUGGCAGGGCGGGAGUCAGAGGUCCUCCCUGUUCUUGGAGCAAGAGACGACAUGGUCUACGGCAUUGUUGAACCACCGACCGGGACGGAAGAGGUAGAGCAAGAGGAAUCGCAUCUCGCCCAAAAACGUAUCAGUGGCUUCAAGCUGGUUCUCUUCGGUCUGCGGUUCCUUUGGGAUCUGCUCUGGCAGGGAGUUUGCCAAUCAAAGUCCAUCUUUCUACCCAAAGAAGCUGUCGCAAAGCUGAUGCGCCAGGCUUUGGAAGAGGCGACCAUCACGACACCUCCUACUGACGAGAAGCCCUUUGUCAGCGAGGGCGAUGUAUUGGCGGCAUGGACGACAAGGCUCAUCGCAUCAUCAGAUCCCCGAAAACUACCAGUGACGACACUUACAGCGGUGAACUUGAGAUAUCGGUUCAAAUCUCCAAUGCAGACGACUGGUGUUUACACUCAGAAUCUAGCUAGUGCAGCUUAUACGUUUCUCCCGCCAGCGAUGGUUAGGGGCCCGUUAGGUCCGAUAGCCCUUGCGAACCGUCAGCAUCUCGAGGCUCAGACGACUGAGCCCCAACUAAGAGCGAUAAUGCGGACUGUCAUGGCUGAAAAAGAAAAGAAAGAUACCACGCUUCUAUUCGGAGAGCCCAACAUGUUACUCGUGCUCAUCAGCAACUGGACCAAAGCAAAGAUUAUGCAGGCAGCCGACUUUAGUCUGGGCAGGGCGAAGGGGCAGAGACAAGGACUAAUAAACCAGGCACCAUGA